AUGGGCAAUAAAUUGUGUAAGCCGUGCGGAAAACGCUAUAAAAAAAUUGAACAAGCGGGAUCUGUACUUGAUCGUGUUAUUAGUCAAGCUUCGAACGAAGAUCAAUGUUUAUUAUAUAAACUUGCAAAUUAUAAAAAAGGGGGAGAAUUAAUUGAUGCGUAUAAUCAAGGGGGACAAAUUGAAGUUGAAAAAUUAAUUAAAGAACAAUUUGGUGUUUUAUUAUACAAUGAUGGAAAAGGGCAAAUUAUAAAUCGUGCCGAAUAUUUACGUUGGAAAUUUCGAGAUCAAAAACAAGUUGUUCUACCAAUAGAAGCAUCAUUAAGUAGACACGAUCCUUUGGCAAAAUGGUCAGAUCACGAAGCAUGUUGGCAAAUGCAAUAUCGUGGAUCCUUAGGGGAAACAUUGUUACAUGUGCUAAUUAUUUGUGACACCCGUAUUCAUACUAAACUUGCACGAACACUUUUAAAAUGUUUUCCCAAACAAGCAGUGGAUGUAGUCGAAGGAGAAGAAUAUUUAGGUGCAGGCGCUUUACAUUUAGCAAUUGCAUACAAUAAUAAUGAAUUAGUUCAAGAUUUAGUUGAGGCUGGUGCAAAUGUUAAUCAAAGAGCAAUCGGCAGUUUCUUUUUGCCGCGUGAUCAACAACGACCAAAACCAACAAAAACCACUGAUUAUGAAGGUUUAGCGUAUUUAGGUGAAUAUCCGUUAGCAUGGGCAGCAUGUUGUGCAAAUGAAAGUGUUUAUAAUUUAUUAUUAGAAGAAGGAGCCUCGCCUGAUUUACAGGAUACCUUUGGAAAUAUGAUUUUACAUAUGGUUGUCGUUUGUGAUAAAUUGGACAUGUUUGGCUAUGCUUUACGACAUCCAAAAUUGCCAGCAAGUAAUGGUAUUUUAAACAGAGCUGGUCUUACACCAUUAACAUUAGCUUGCAAACUUGGCCGUGCAGAAGUUUUCCGAGAAAUGUUGGAAUUAUCAGCAAAAGAAUUUUGGCGAUACAGUAACAUAACAUGUUCUGCUUAUCCAUUAAAUGCACUGGAUACACUUUUACCAGAUGGACGAACAAAUUGGAAUUCAGCCUUAUUCAUUAUUUUAAAUGGUACAAAAGAAGAGCAUUUAGAUAUGCUUGAUGGGGGUAUUAUACAAAAAUUACUUGAAGAAAAGUGGAAAACCUAUGCUCGGAACCAGUUUCUAAAAAGAUUAUUAAUAUUAAUGGUUCAUCUAUUAUGUUUAUCCCUUGCUGUUUAUUUUCGACCAGAAGAUCCAGAUGAACCAUUACUUGGCUGGUCAGAAGAUCCGGUUGUAAUUACACGUUAUGGAUGUGAAAUUGGUACAUUAAUUGGUGUAUUAAGUUAUGUGGUAUUUCAACAAGGAGAUGAAAUUAAAAAUCAGGGUUUGUUAACGUUUUUAAAACAACAGUCUCAUGCGCCAGCCAAAGCAAUAUUUUUAGUAUCAAAUUUAUUAAUUUUGGCAUGUAUACCAUAUCGUUUAAUUGGUGAUAAAAAAACAGAAGAAGCUAUAUUAGUUUUUGCUGUGCCAGGAUCUUGGUUUUUAUUGAUGUUUUUUGCUGGAGCUGUUCGUUUAACCGGACCAUUCGUAACAAUGGUGUACAGUAUGAUAACUGGUGACAUGCUUACAUUUGGUAUAAUUUAUACAAUUGUAUUAUUUGGAUUUUCACAAUCAUUUUACUUCUUAUAUAAAGGAUUUCCUGGUGUUAAAAAUACAUUAUAUAAUAAUUAUUUAUCUACAUGGAUGGCACUUUUUCAAAUUACACUUGGAGAUUAUAAUUAUUCAGAUUUAAGUAUGACCACAUAUCCAGCUGUUAGCAAAUCGGUGUUUGCAAUUUUUAUGGUAUUUGUACCAAUUUUGCUGUUAAACAUGUUAAUCGCUAUGAUGGGUAACACAUAUGCGCAUGUCAUUGAACAAAGUGAAAAAGAAUGGAUGAAACAGUGGGCCAAAAUUGUGGUAACAUUAGAGCGAGCAGUACCUCAAUCAGAUGCACAUCAUUAUUUACAAGAGUACAGUAUUAAAUUAGGACCUGGAGAAGAACCGGGUACUGAACAACGAGGUGUCAUGAUUAUAAAAUCGAAAAAUAAAACCAGGGCCAAACAACGUAAAGGAGCUGUUGCAAAUUGGAAGCGCGUUGGAAAAGUUACAAUUACAGCUUUACGUAAACGAGGUCUUACCGGAGAGCAACUUCGAUGUAUAAUGUGGGGUAGAGAAUCAAUUUCAACACCAGUUAAGGCAACCAGGCCACCGAUUGGAAUGGAUCCAACUAUAUUAAAUCCAGAUGCAACUCCAAAUAUAACGGGAGGUUUUGGAGGAUCAUUAACGGCUGCUCUGGAUGUAAUGGCAUUUACUCAUGAUUUGAACAUAGGCGCCACAACAAAUCCAAAGAGUGAAAUAGUAUUGAAUAAUAAACCUUUGGUUGACGCCCAAAAUGUACAAAACAAAAGUGUUUCUCAAAUGAAUGCCCAAAAUACAAUUAUGUCCGGUCAAAAUUUAAUACCCAAUGCAGAUAAAUCAAUUGGAGCAGGACUUGGAGGUAAUGCAUUAUUUGGAAUGUUAGAUCAAUUAGCCGACUCACAAGUAAUCCCACCAACACCUUCAACAAUGGCAAAAACUCAAUCAACAAAUUUGAUACAAUCCGAGAAAAAUAUGAAUUUAAAAACAACGCAAGUCCAAGAUCCAUUACGUGAGUUAGUGAUUUCAUCAACAAUGAAAGAUUACCCCGAAGAAAUUUUACAUUCGUUGGCAAUCCAAGCAGCUAAUGUUGAAGCAGCCGCACAAGCAGCUGGUAAAGCUAAGAGCACGUUGGCAAAUCAAAUGCAAAGCUGUUUUGGUGAUAUGUUUGCGAUAGGUGCAACAAUGACAGCAAAAAGUAAAUUCGAAGAGGCUAGAAAAAAACAAUAUACUAUUUUGGAUCCUAGUGAUAGUGAUGGUUUUGGAGACGCACCUUUAGGUAAAAUAUCCCGACAAAGGCGGGCACGAUCGGCAAGUGCUCGUAAUUCCUCAGCAAGAUUAGAUAAAUCAAAAAUGUUAGUUCCAACUGAAUCUGAAACAAGUGCAUCUGAAAAUGAUGUCACAACAGUUAGUUACGAACAAAUGACCAAAGAAGAGGAAGAUGAUUAUGCAACACUUCGAAUUCGUCAAGUAAAAGAAUCAUUUCAAGCAACCAGCUCCGCUUGUUACAGUUUACGACCUACGAAUAUUGAUAUCGCAAUUGGAUUGCCAAUAAAUACAAGUGAAACACUAUGUUCAGAAAUGUUUGUGGCUGGCGAUGGAAAUGGUAUUGAAGUUGAGGCUGGUGAUAUUUCGAAGAAAUUGAAUAAUUUACAGAAGAGAAAACGGCGACCGAAAACUGCUCGAACAAAUAAGGUUACUCCAGAAGUCAAAGUGUCAACGAAACAUCGAAGGCAUUCAGCUAAAACAGAUCUUGAAACACAUGAACCCGAAUCACCACCAGAUCCCUUAGAACCAUGGAGUACUCGUCCAAUAGCAAAUAUGAACACAAUACUUGCAUGGGAAAAUGAAAUUGAAUAA